AUGAGCCGAUCAUCCAGUCGCCUAUUGGCGACCAUCCGCACCCAAACCUCAACCACCACCUCCCCCUUCUCCCAACAUAUCCGACCCUUCUCCCACACAUGCAUACGAGCAGCCGACAACCGACAACGGCCCGGCUCCCUCCUCGACUGGCAACCCGUUAAGCCGCAAGGGUUCGAGCGAGAUCCCGCUCCCCCGCGCUCCCCCGCCGCCAACGACAUGGAGCAGCUGCACCGGCUGCUCGCGCAAGACACGCUCGCCCUCGCCCGCAACAAGCCGACGGCGCGCGACCGGCUGCUCCAGGAAGAGGAGUCCAAGGACCGGGAGGACUGGGGCCCGCCGGACGAGCCGUUCCACUUCCACGUGUACGCGCACAAGCACAACGCGCACGUCACCGUGACCAAGCCCAACCGCAACGCCAUCAUCUCCAUGUCCACCGGCAACAUCGGCUUCAAGAAGUCCAAGCGCGGCUCUUACGACGCCGCCUACCAGCUCGCCGCCUACGUCAUCGACAAGCUGCACCAGGGCGGCUGGCACAGAAACAUCAAGGCCAUGGAGGUCGUGCUGCAGGGGUUCGGCGCCGGCCGCGAGGCCGUGACGAAAGUGCUGUUGGGCAGCGAGGGGCGUAUGCUGAGAGAUAAGAUCGUGAAGGUGUCGGAUUCGACGAAGUUGAAGUUUGGUGGCACGAGGAGUCCCAAGCCGAGGAGGUUGGGUUAA